AUGUGGCCCGAGAAGCAGGCGCGCGUCGACUUCUCGCUGCCCUGGGCCAGCCUGCGCACCAGCUUCGUGGCGCCUCGUGCGCUGCCGGUGCCCCCGCUCCGGACAGCCCUGCAGCCCUUCAGCGCAGACGCCACCCUCGCCCUGAUGGUCGCAGCCGCCAUCACCGUCGCCCUUCUCAUCGCUGCCACACGCCACGUAGGAACUCGCGCCAGCGCUCGUCUCGACGUGUGCAAGUACACGCUGGACGUGUACCGUCUGCUGCACCUGAACUCCCUGCCGAGGUUGCCGACGCGGUCGUCGCCGCGCUGCGUGCUGGUGGCCUGGUGCUUCUUCAGCCAGCUGCUCGCCACGUCCUACUCCAGCACCUUCACCUCGGUGCUGACCGUCCAGCGCUACGGCCCGCCCAUAGACUCCUUCCGGGACCUGCUGCAGAGAGGCGUGUUCUGGGGCGGGCACAAUCAGGCGCUACAGCGCCAGAUCUCCGUGAUCGACGACCCUUACAUACGGGAGUUCGGAGCCCGCUACCGAGAGGAGCUCACCCCACAGGAUAAGGAAGCCAGGCUCAGGGAAGGGCGCUACGCCGUCUUCGUGAAGGUGAUCAACGAUUACGUCACACACACGGAGAAUCUGCCGGCCGACGUUCGCCGCAGCCUGCGUCUGAUGAAGGAAACUAUGGCAAAGUACUACAUCUCAAUAGCCCUCCAAAAAAAUUCUCCGUACAAAAGCACAUUGGAUAGAAGGAUGAGAUAUAUUCACUACAGUGGCCUCAUUAAUUACUGGAUGAAACACGUCAUAGCUAGACUCGGUCACCACUACAUGAGGUCGUUUUUUGCUGAUCGUGCAGACAGUCAACACGAGAUGCCUCAGAAACUCUCUCUUCAAGCUGUCGAGGGAGCGUUUUUCAUAUGUACAACUGGAAUAAUCGUAGCAUCUCUUGUCUUUCUAUCUGAAAUCACUUACGAAAAAUUUUGUUAUUGUCUGCAAAGAUAUCCAAAUAGACCACGCUACUUGUAUAAUUUGGGAUAAUUUGUCAGACAUGUUUUAAAGAUAAAUUUUAUGGUUACAAUCAAUAUUGUCACUUAAAUUUCCUGUGCAUGGUGUUUCUUUGGCUCUAGUGUGCCCAUGUUCGAAUAUACUAUUCUUACUAUUCUAAAAACACACGAAACACCGAUUGUGGAAACAGCACUAGUAUAGGCUUGUUGAUUUUGAGAAAAACGGAAAAAUUUAUGUAGUUGUAAUAUUAUUCUUAUUUUUCAGUUCAAUUUCACUUUGUAUCGUACAGCUUCUGAUUAUA